GUAGUGUUAGUAGUUUAGUGCAUUCGGUUAACGUUGCACACUGCGACCGCAACCGCCGUACCGAAAAGGAUGAGUAUUGCCAAACAGCUUAGACCAAUGGAAUCCCUCAUCGAAGGUGUCCCGCUAGUCAAUUACACAAUCCGCCCGGCCACUGUCGAACAUUGCGACAAAAUAUAUACUCUCAUCCAGGAGUACUACUCAGAGUAUGGGAUACCUAGCAACAGACAAUUUGAUAAAACAACUUUUCGAAAAGACGGAUUCGAAACGGAUACACCAAACUUUCGAUGCUUCGUAGCGCUAUCAAAAUCACGAGCAGAAGACUACAACAUUAUUGGCUUUGUGCUUUGGUUUAGGAAUUUCAUUGGCAAUUCAAAUCCUCAGGUGUGGCUUGAAGCGUUGUUUGUUACAAAAAAAUACAGACAGAAACGGGUAGAGCAAGCUCUGUUCGAGCAUACCAUACAGGUUGAUAAUUAUUAUUAAAAUUGUAAAUUCAAUCAUGACUUAUGUGUUUGUUUCUACUAAAUUAUAUUUAAGUUGUAGUAAUAAAAAUACCCUUAUUAUUAACCAUAAAUUAAAAAUCAAUAUAUUUAUGAAACGACGCCGUGUCCCAUGCAAAUCAGCCUGUCAACUUCUGUCUCCUGAUACUUACCUUUAGUUUCUUUAUGCGAAUAUGCGAUACCAUGUACUUUAUUUAUUAU